UCCCACACACAGACCGACAGACGCGCACAUGCUGUCUGCGAACUCGGAUCUGGCAUCUUCAGCAUCACUCUGAAUCUGUCUGUCCCAGUCUGAUCAGACAUUUCACCCGAACAUUUACAAAUUAAAAAAAACAGCACCCCUUCGGAGAGGAUGGCUGCUCGUCCCUGGUGCCCAGCCCUGCUCCUCACCUUGCUGCUGGUGGGUGACUUCGCCCUGACGGACAGCGCCGAGCCCGGCUCUAGAAACAACAAGAGGGGCUCCUCCCAGCAGUUGACGGGCACUGCCAACUACCUCCAGAGCCCUGAGCUGUGGGCACAGCAGCCAGGGCACCACCGCAGACAGGGAGGCCGCAAGGACAAGGCCAGAGAGGUGCAGCAGCUGGGCCGUCCCGAGGAUGACGGACCGGGCCUGGAGGGGCUGACCCCAGUGAGGCUGGAGCAGGGGGAGAGGGAGAGUCGGCCCUCGGCCCUACAGGACGAGCACCACGGAGGGGAGUUCCAGGGGUUCGGGCUCCCCUUCCACGAGCCAGACAACCACCCGCCCAGUGCAGAGUCCACGCUGAAGGGCAGGAAGCAGCACAAGAAGCACAGGGGCAAGGACAAGGCCAGGCACGACAAAGGGCGCCUUGUGGAUCCAGAGCCGGGUUUGCUGUUCAAGCAGGUGGAGGUGUUUGAUGAGCCCCCCCCCUCGGAGAGUGCCUCCCCCUCCUCACCCCCUGCACCCCCCUCCUUCAGCACCAGCUACACCACCACCACCACCACCCUGGUGACCAUGGCAACGAGCCAGGAACCCCCUGCACCACCCCCCGCCGCUACACGACCAAAGAAACCCUCGCAGGGGCGUGUGAGGUCAGACGGUGAUGUCAUGCCAACGCUGGACAUGGCCCUCUUUGAUUGGACGGACUACGAGGACCUCAAACCAGCAUGGCCCUCCUCCAGGAAGAAAGACAAGCGGCGCAGUAAGAACCUCAGCAGCGGGAACGAGACUCUGGAGGGUGAGGCCGAAGCCGAACCAUGUGACCACCACCUCGACUGCCUGCCCGGGUCCUGCUGUGACCUCCGCCAGCACGUGUGCAAACCGCACAACCGCGGACUCAACAACAAGUGCUACGAUGACUGCAUGUGUGAGGAAGGACUCCGGUGUUACGCCAAAUUCCACCGGAACAGGAGGGUGACACGGCGACGUGGCCGGUGCAUCGAUCCCGAGUCUGCCGACAACGACCAGGGCUCCUUCAUGACGGUCUGAGAGCAGGAGGGAGCAGUGAUGCUCCACGCCACACAUAUCCAGGCGUGCUAGAACAGCUGUCUCCACGCAAGGCCAACGCGACGUCAGCUGUUUCUAUAUUCAACGUUUCAGUUCUGCUUUAUCGUGGAUUUCUAGGGAUCUUUCUUUUUGUAAUAUAUAAUACAGUAUAUCGAAGAUUGUUACAUUGUACAAGGAUUUUGUCUUUUAUUAAAUGUGUUUUGUGUUCAGUUCAAGAUGCCAAAACUGCUGUGAAAUCACUGCCCUUUUUUUGUAUAAAGAAAACGAAUUUCA